AUGGAUUCCAACGCGACCACCUUCACCUCGGUGUUGGCCAACGCCAAGCUGGGCAACGUCAACAUCCCUCCUCAGAUCGACUAUGUCAUCGAGACGGUGGCCAACGCUAGCGCCUGGACGAUUCUCUUCACCCUGCUGGCGCUUGCUGUCGCAUACGACCAGAUCAGCUACAUCACCUCCAAGGGCUCCAUCGCCGGACCUACCUUUAAGAUGCCCUUCAUUGGCCCCUUUUUGGAGUCUGUGAACCCAAAGUUCUCGGAGUACAAGGCCAAGUGGGCCAGUGGUCCCCUUAGCUGUGUCUCUGUCUUCCACAAGUUCGUUGUCAUCGCCUCGACCCGUGACAUGGCUCGCAAGGUCUUCAACUCGCCCGGCUACGUCAAGCCCUGUGUUGUUGAUGUCGCCCACAAGCUCCUUGGCCCGACCAACUGGGUCUUCCUCGACGGCAAGCCGCACGUCGAUUUCCGCAAGGGUCUCAACGGCCUCUUCACCCGCCAGGCCCUCGCUUCCUACUUGCCUGGCCAGGAGGCUGUUUACAAGCAGUACUUCCAGGAGUUCCUUCAGACCACCAAGAACGCCGGCGGCGAGCCCGUCCCCUUCAUGCCUUGUUUCCGCGACCUCAUGACCGCCGUCUCAUGCCGCACCUUUGUCGGCCACUACAUCUCGGACGAGGCCGUUCGCAAGAUCUCCUCCGACUACUUCCUCAUUACCGAGGCUCUCGAGCUCGUCAACUUCCCUCUCAUCCUCCCCUUCACCAAGCCCUGGUACGGAAAGAAGGCCGCCGACAUGGUCAUCGGCGAGUUCGCCAAGUGCUCCGCCAAGAGCAAGGUCCGCAUGGCUGCUGGAGGCGAGGUGACCUGUAUCAUGGACGCUUGGGUCAAGUCCAUUCUCGAGUCCAAGAAGUGGCGUGAGGCCGAGGCCAGCGGCUCGACCGAGGGUCUUGAGAAGCCCCACCCCCUCCUCCGCGAGUUCUCCGACUACGAGAUCGCCCAGACCGUCUUCACCUUCCUUUUCGCCUCGCAGGAUGCCACCAGCAGUGCCGCCACUUGGCUUUUCCAGACCAUGGCCCAGCGCCCCGACGUCCUCGACCGUGUUCGCGAGGAGAACAUCAAGGUCCGCAACGGAGACCGCCACGCCGAGUUGAACAUGGACCAGCUCGAAUCUCUGACUUACACCCGUGCCGUCGUCCGCGAGUUGCUCCGCUACCGCCCUCCCGUCCUCAUGGUCCCUUACGUCGUCAAGAAGCCUUUCCCCAUUACCCCUGAGUACACUGUCCCCAAGGGCGCCAUGGUCAUCCCUACUGUCUACCCUGCUCUUCGUGACCCUGAGGUCUACGACCGCCCCGAUGAUUUCGACCCCGAGCGUUACUAUACCGGCGAUGCGGAGGAGAAGGGUGCCAAGAACUUCCUCGUUUUCGGAACCGGUCCCCACUACUGCAUCGGCCAGACGUACGCUCAGCUGAACUUGGCUCUGAUGAUUGGCAAAGCCUCUGUCAUGAUGGACUGGGUUCACCACCCCACGCCGAAGUCUGAGGAGAUCAAGGUGUUCGCGACUAUUUUCCCCAUGGAUGACUGCCCUCUUACCUUCAAGGAGCGCGAGGCAUAG